AUGGUUUGUCGCAAUCUAUUUUCAUUUAUUGUGUGUUCUGUUUUAAUAAGUUCAUCAGUGUCGGCCACCAGGAUAAUAAAAGAAUCACACGUGAAUGCUCGCUUGAAGAGAGUAAGUCCAGAAAAUACUGCUGUGUACGGUUCUCGCACGCAGGACCGGAGGGACUCGUCCGCGGACAGCCAACAGUUCUUGCCGGCGUUCGGGCCGCUGUUCGGUCAACUCGGCCACCGCUCCCGUCCGCCCCGGCUGUACCAGGAGGCCGACUACCUGCCCGAACUGACGCCGUACUUGCAGACGGCCGCGGCGUCCAACCAAGAGACCGCCAUGCUUGGUUCCGGCAACUUCGGUGUCAUACCCGGUGGCACGUACUACGCGGCCGGCGAAACAGCGUCCGCGUCCGACCCGUACCUGUACGACGGCAACAGUCAUGGACGACCGCACCGGUACGUUCAGGGGCACCGAAUAAAUGGCAAUAGGUUUUCCGGAAAUCCUAGACCAUCAGCAUUCCGUGACCCAGAUGACUUCUUUGCAGGGUUCCGAGACUUUGCGGAUAUCACAGCUCCGACCAAGUCAUCAUUCUCACAAUACCAUAUGGUAUAUGCUCCAAUGGAAGAUUUACCGUCCAGUGAAGAAAAGGUCAAGUCGAAAAAGAAGAGAAAGUUAAACAAACAUUUAGAGAAUGAAAAUGAUAAAACAAUUAAAGCUAAAAGAAAAAUGCACAUGGGUGAAAAGGAAUUAUACGAACCAAUGAUUGCGCUAAGUUAG